CAAAUGCAACCACACUGCUCUCUCUUUCCUCUCAAUCUCUCUCUCUAGAGAGUUCUUACGCAGAUCUAUACAUCUCUCUCUAAUUUCAGCAAAAACUUCAUUUUGCUCUGUUCCUGCUGUUAAAUGGAGUAUCCGAAUCGGAAGAUUUGGGUAGUGCAGUGUUUGUUUCUAUUUUCCACCGCCUGCUUCAUUUCUCAGCUCCGCGCUUCCGAUGAUGUGAUUUUCUACGAGUCGUUUGAUGAGGACUUUGAGGGGAGGUGGAUCGCAUCUGAGAAUCCAGACUACACAGGUGUGUGGAAACAUGUCAAGAGUGAGGGACAUGAUGAUCAUGGACUUCUUGUUGGGGAGAAAGCCAGGAAGCAUGCCAUUGUGAAGCCACUUGAUGAACCUGUGAUCCUCAAGGAUAAAACUGUUGUUCUUCAGUUUGAAGUUCGCCUCCAGAAUGGCCUUGAAUGUGGUGGUGCUUAUAUCAAGUACCUCCGUCCUCAGGAUGCUGGAUGGGUUCCAAAGGGAUUUGAUAAUGAAUCUCCUUACACAAUAAUGUUUGGCCCUGAUAGAUGUGGAGCCACAAACAAGGUUCACUUCAUCUUGAAGCACAAGAACCCGAAGAGUGGCAAUUUUGUCGAGCAUCAUCUCAAGUUCCCACCUUCAGUACCUUCAGACAAGUUGACCCAUGUUUACACUGCCAUCUUGACACCCGAUAAUGAGGUGAGGAUCUUGGUUGACGGGGAAGAGAAGAAGAAGGGCAAUUUCCUCUCAGGUGAUGACUUUGAUCCUCCUCUGAUCCCUUCCAAGACUAUCCCUGAUCCAGAUGAUAAGAAGCCUGAGGAUUGGGACGAGAGAGCAAAGAUCCCUGACCCAGAGGCAACCAAACCAGAUGACUGGGAUGAGGAUGCUCCAUUGGAAAUUGAAGAUGAAGAAGCUGAGAAGCCUGAUGGUUGGUUGGAUGAUGAGCCCGAGGAGGUUGAUGAUCCUGAGGCAGCCAAACCAGAGGAUUGGGAUGAUGAAGAAGAUGGUGAAUGGGAGGCUCCCAAAGUUGAUAACCCUAAGUGUGCUGAAGCUCCUGGUUGCGGUGAGUGGAAGAGACCAAUGAAGAGGAACCCUGCUUACAAAGGGAAAUGGCAUGCCCCACUCAUUGACAACCCCAACUACAAGGGUAUCUGGAAGCCCCAGGAGAUUGAUAACCCUGAGUACUUUGAGCUCGAAAAGCCUAACUUUGAGCCCAUUGCUGCCAUUGGUAUUGAGAUCUGGACAAUGCAAGAUGGUAUUCUGUUCGACAACAUUUUGAUCUCUUCCAGCGAGAAAGACGCUGAGACCUACCGGGAGACAACAUGGAAGCCAAAAUUCACCGUAGAGAAGGAGAAUCAAAAGGACGAGGAAUCUACUGAGUCUGAUGGCCUGAAAGGCUUCCAGAAAGUGGUAUUUGAAUACCUAUACAAGAUUGCUGACCUUCCAUUCUUGGGUGAGCACAAAAUUAAAGUCUUGGACUUACUUGAAAAGGCUGAGAAACAAGCCAAUCUCACAAUUGGUAUCCUUGCCUCCAUCGUCGUUGUUAUCAUCUCGAUUUUGUUGAAGCUCAUCUUUGGAGGAAAGAAGCCUGCUACUGUGGUAGCUGAGACGAAGAAAACAGAAGUUGCUGAGAGUUCAGAUGAUCAGGGAAGCUCCGAGGCGCAAGAUGAGAAGAACAAUGGUGGUGGUGGUGGUGCUCCUCGCCGGAGGACCCAAAGGCGUGACGACUGAGGAAGGCGGGACGGGAACGAGGUAGAAUCACAAUGAUAUAAUGAGGCCGCCGAGGGAAUGAUGGAAGAAGAUGCUCCUGCAGCAACACGUUGGGGGAACUUAGUAAUAGGUUUUUUGGAAAUUGUUUUGACAAUGUUCAGAAUUUUCAUUGGCAGUUUUUUUUUCUUGAUUUAGGUUUUGUAUUACUGGACCACUGAUUGAGAUAUGGUAUUAUCCUCUCCAUACAUUGAAUGGUGAUGGGCAUUCAAAUGAGGCAAUUUUUUUAGUUUCUAGUGGGAAAGUAGGAAUUUGGCUAUAAAGGGUUUUUCAGUGAGUUGUUACUUAUUAAUGUGAUCAUCUUGUUAUUCUGUUGGAGUAAUCAUGCCAAGUUUUCAGUUCCUAA